AAAGAAACAUACACAAAACCUUCAGGAGCCCAUUCAGACUGUUACUAUGGUGGAGUUUUUUGUGACAACUGAUUGUUAGGGUUUAAUGUGAGAGUUUGCUCAAAUAUCACUUUUAGACUUAUUCUAUGUGAGGCAGGUUAUUGUUUUAUUAUCUUAUUGCAUUGAAAACUGGACCUUAAAUGCUAACAACUAGAAUGUGAAGCAUGAUUUUUUUAGGAUUUACAUUUUUUGUUCUUGCUUUAAUAAACUUGUUAACCGUCUACGGCAGGCCAGCAGGUGUCCACUUGCGUAACAUGGAGAGCUUCAUCCAAUCUGUGCAGCAGGUUGAAGACUCCAACCCUGGUCUCUCACCUCUGGCUCUGGUUAGAGCUUUGAGAAAGACUGCUGGCCAUGACGAUCUAAUGACCAUCCAUUUCUUGGGUGCGUCAUAUAACCACAGUGAUACAGAGGGUUUAGAGGGAUCAAUUCUAAAUGCAACAUCCUUCAGCUUUUUUGAUAAGGCUAUCCACCAUAUUGUAACUGACCAAGGCGAGGAGCGGGGGGUGGUCCUUGCUCCAGACGGCACCACGGUUGCUCUUGCACCCCUACUUUUAGGGAUUGAAUCAGGACUAAAAGCUAAAAUGGAGGUAACGCAAGCUCUUGGGAUCUUCCCUCUAACCCUUGGUAGGACGAUGGGGCUAUCAUUCCUCAGCCACCAGGACAUUCCACCUUCUCUCCGUCUGGGUCCCAACGGGUGCUGGGACAAUGUGGAGCAGCCAAAGGUAUUUAGACUAUCUCGGCCCGCUACUCUGGCCACGGAUGCCAUUAUCAACGGUGGUAUGGAUGGAGUUAUACUGGGCAUGCACCUCAGCAGCUUACCAGCAUCUCAGCAGCCCCAGGCCCUCAGUGAGAUCUUAGGAGGAUACUAUAAUUUCACUUUGACUGAGAAACAAGGCAUUGAUGUUGUGACCAGGCACAUAAGCCCGAGGAGAAGGGAGCUUUCAAGAUCACUUCUGGAGCCACUUGAUCUUCACAAUGCAGUGAUGACAACACUAGCAUUGGUCUGGAAGCUGGAGAACACAGAAUGGAUUUCUUAUGACACUGGUUUGGGCAAGGUGGUGCAGGAUGGACUGCAGACAUUUAGGCACAAAUACUUGGAUUGCCCUCAGAUCAUCCCUCGCUGCCAGUGGGGAGCGAAAGCUUACCGGGAUACACCAAUUCCACUCUCUCUGCCCCUUCAGUUUCUCUAUGUUCAUCAUACCUAUGAGCCUUUUUCGCCCUGUUUAUCCUUCUCAAGCUGCUCCCGUGACAUGAGGUCCAUGCAGCGUUUUCACCAAGAAGAUCGUGGAUGGACUGACAUUGGAUAUAGCUUUGUCGUUGGAUCUGAUGGUUACAUCUACGAAGGAAGGGGUUGGAACCACAUUGGCAGACACACCAGGGGACACAAUGCCAUCGGCUACGGUGUGUCAAUCAUUGGAAACUAUACGGCCAAACUGCCAUCUCGCCAUGCCAUGGACUUGUUGCGUUUUCAACUGGUGCCCUGUGCAGUGAAUGGAGGAGGUCUCACAAGCAAUUUUACUAUCCAAGGCCACAGACAGGUGGUGAACUACACCUCUUGUCCUGGAGAUGCCUUGUUUUCAGAAAUAAGAAGCUGGGAACAUUUUAGGGAAUAACAGGAAUGGCAGCCAUUGUUGUUUUGCGAUUUCUAAACACCAUCUUGGUUCCCGAUUUGUUUUGAUUACUGUGAAUUCGAUAAUUUAUCCAUCAUAAAGGGCUCAAUUAAAAGCCCUCUAUAUUUCGAAUACAAUUUACACCAGAAUAUUUUGCUGAAACGAUGGAAGAAGGAAGAAACUGUUAUCUUGAGCAUGUAAAACCAUACUGCGUCAAAGUUGUCAAAUAUUAAGAAACGUGAUUGUCUAUCAAAGACUCUUUGGCAUUUUUACGAUUUAUUGGCUCAUGUUGAAUCACAGCUAACAAUUAUCAUGCUUUAAAUUAAAGAUACAGUUUGGCUUUUUCUAUCCAAAAAAAUACCAAAGUAACAAAUUACUUAAUCUAAGUAAUGGAGCAUAGAAAGGAAAAUGUUCUCUAUGUAAUUUAAAAACCGUGUUAUUUUCUAGAUGCAGAAGAAUAAAGGAAAAGUCCACAACUGCUGA